AUGGAGUAUCCUCCAAGAAAGCAUCACCGUCUACGGAGGGAACCGACUAUCCCCGAUGGAGCUGUAGCGUGUGAAUCGGCGAGGCGCAAAGGGAUGAUGCGAGAGCUCAAAGGGCUAGGGACACCGAUCUAUAAACAUGCAGAGCACGAGAGGGACUUGGCAAAUUACGAGCUACUGGAAGGUGACCUACUUGAAAAGUACCCAUCGAGAGCCAAUCAAGACAAGCGAAAACAAAAUAUGGUUCACUUCGACAUAGAUCCUCCAAAUAUCUUCAUUGGGGGUCUCGAGCUGGACCGUGCUGGAAGAGGACUGUGGCGAAAUACCCGUAGUGAAGCGAAAGCAAAGGCAAAUGGCGCUUCGACGGAGCCCGACAAGUCUACAGAGAAGGCCACCGACAAGGCCACAGAGAAGGCCACCGACAAGGCCACCGACAAGGCACCUGAGAAGACCACAAAGGGAGCCGUAAAGGAUACCGCAGAAAAAGACGGGGCCAGUUCAAAAGAUAAAGGAGGUAAAACAAACCCCUUACGUGUGAUACACGGUCAGCAGAACCGAAACCCGACCGAAGAGAUGGGAGCAUUCGCUUGUUCCUCGACUCAAGAAUGCAUCAGACAGGCAAAGCGCAACGUCUAUUACCUCAAUCGGCGGUGGAAAGCGAAGCAUGGCUUCCACGCCCCUAAGGAGCAAUUCGGUCCAGAGUGGGACAAAAUCCCUGAUAGGCCCCACGGUCCUGAGUUGGUUGAGUCUAAUAUAGCCGCUAACUAUAGAUCUCACACGAACGUAUGGGGUAUUGCAUGGACAAUGUGGAUUUUGAUAACCAAAUACUAUCCUCCGACACCACCUCAACCACAACCGCCUUACGACCUGCCCGUUGCCGACCCACGGUUAACAGACGAAGCAAUCGAAUUAUCCGGGCGCAGUCACGUCAUUUCGUACUGCCCAUUCUUCCUGGACCCAGCUAACACAGACUACGACUACGUUGACAUCAGAUUGCGCCAGACGAUUUCUCAGUGCAUGAGCCACGAUCCCGGUUGGCGGCCAUCGUUAAAGCACCUUGAAUAUCAAGCCACUCAAAUCGUUAGAAAUGCGGCGUUCUUGGGCGAGACCGAUGAGUACGUGAGGCGGUGGGUACACUACUGGCUCUACGAGGCGCCAUCCACCUCUGGCCCCGGCGGACCGACAGGCACGAGCGGUAAAGCAAAAGGUUUCGGUGGCGGAGGCGGCGGCGCGCCUGUGAACAAGCUGGAAGAGAACCUGGCUUCGAAGAAGGACCCUGACCACCCUAUCCGAAUCCAGCUGCAGAUUCAGUACAAUGCUAGCUUUCCAUAUGGCCAUGAUCGCAUCCCCAAUGCGGCGGUCAAUCUCGACUGCGGGUUCCGGGCACUGGUCGACAGCAUCCAAGCCCAGAUCGGACCGAACCCCCUGAUCGGCGGCGUCCCGACCGCCAUUGUGCUCCCAAGAAACGGUGAUCUUCGGACUAUUUACAACAACCCGAAGGCAGCGGGUGAAUUCGACGUACUCGUCCUGUUGAACGAGGCCAACGAAGACGAAGAAAGCAACUACUUCCUCUCUGAGCUGUCGCUGGUCCUGGUCCGCUGGGGCGAGUCCGUCGGGCUGAGUCUCCAGCUUUGCUAUAUCCUGGAAGGCCGCGGGAGGCCUAUGCGCGAGCCGGUGGAGGAUCAGAAUCCAAGGAACCUCUGGAUAUAUAACGAUAAUGCGAUGGAUCUCGCGGGAGCCAGUUACAACCAUUACGAGGGCAUUCGGGCCAGGCCGCGGCCCGCUUCACCGGCCGGCGGCGCUGGUACCGGCGUUAAAGAGGGGGCCGACCCGGACGACCUCCCAGACUAUGAAAGCGACUGA